UGUCCCUUGUCUGUGUUGUGUCUUUGGUUCUAUUGUUGUCCCUUGUCUCUUUGGUUCUAUUUAUCUAUAGUUACUUUGGUCGUUGGCGGUAAAAGUGUAUUUGAAUGCUUUCGGAAUAAUUUUUUCGAUAAAAUGAAGGUUGCUGUGGUUACUGGUGGAAACAAGGGCAUUGGUUUUGCAAUUGCCCGUGGCCUAUGCGAAAAAUUUGAUGGCACUGUGUACCUCACGGCAAGAGAUGAGACACGUGGUCUGAAUGCUAUUGAAGAAUUAAAAAAGAAUGGAUUAAAUCCAAAAUUUCAUCAGCUUGAUAUAGAUAACUUGGAAAGCAUACAAAGAUUUCGGGACUACAUAAAAGAAAAAUAUGGAGGACUUGAUGUACUUGUAAACAAUGCUGCUAUAGCAUAUAAGAAUGCAGCAACAGAGCCAUUUGGCGAGCAAGCGGAAAAUACAGUACGAGUGAAUUAUUUUGGAGUUUUGGAGACAUGUAAAGCAUUGUUUCCUCUGCUUCGUCCUUAUGCUCGUGUUGUCAAUUUGUCAAGUUCAGCUGGGCAUCUUCUGAGAAUCCCUGGAGAGAACAUGAGAAAAAAGUUUGUGGAUCCUAACCUGACUGAAGAGCAGCUUUCAGAACUAAUGAAAGAGUUUGUAGAGUCAGCAAAGAAAAAUACACAUUCUGAAGAAGGCUGGGGCCACUCCGCCUAUGUUGUAUCAAAAGUUGGAGUUAGUGCUUUAACUUUCAUACAACAGAGAAAGUUUGACUGUGAUGAGAGACCUGAUCUUGUUGUAAAUGCUGUGCAUCCUGGAUAUGUUGAUACUGACAUGACAAGUCAUAAGGGACCAUUAACCAUUGAAGAAGGUGCUGUUGCACCUUUACAUUGUGCUCUCCUGCCACCUGAAGUAAAAUCACCUCGUGGCAAAUAUAUUUGGUGUGAUGAAAAAGAGGUUGACUGGAUCAGUGGACCAGUUCCAUCACAGUGCUAACUGAUGUGUCUGUUACAAUGAAAGCGAUGUACUUUGAUUGCACGAACUAUACUUGCUCAAAACAUUACCUGAGUCUGUUAGGACACACAUUCAUGCUUCUGUUACCCUUCAGUGUAAGAACAAUGUACAAAGGAAAAAAUAAAGUGUUUGGGCAAGUAAUUACACAGUGUAAAGACACACUUACUGAAAUGAAUUCAGUUGGAAGUUUUUGGGUUAAUGUACCAUUUACUGAAUAAAAAUAUUGUGUAUCAUUCAGUGAA